UGAGGAAAUGUGGUAAACACAUAGGGUAAACAUCACCGGGGGGGGGGCCCGACAUUAAUAACACGGGCCUGGUUUGAUGUCGUAGGCAGAAAUAUCUGUCGACACUUCAGUGAAUCGGAACGAGGUGUUCCGUCGCUCGGCUGGAUCCUGCUCCUGGUUUCUGUUGGACAUUGAAUUGCAGAUUUCACUACCACAAGGAUAAAAACAUGCAUGAUUUCUCUGCCUGUGUGUGUGAAUGUUUCCCAGGUCACGUCAGCCCCCUUCAGACACAUGAGUGCUACUUUCUCCUCGAGCUGGGCCGAGCAACAUGCCUGACCGGGACAGCUCCUACCGGUCAGGUGGUGGUGGUAGUCUAAGUGAGGAAGGGUCCGGUCUGCCAGGGGGCUCUGGAGAGGGCAGAGGGGGCUCAGGAGGAAGCAUUGGAAGCAACGUCUCUGGUUCUGGGAGCAUGGGGGGUGGAGGCGCGCUUGGAAACGGUUGUGGGAACGGGGCAGGUGGAGGCCAAGGUGCAGGCCUGGCGGAUGGUGUCUGCAGGGACUUCAUACGCAAUGUCUGCAAGAGGGGGAAACGCUGCCGCUUCAAACACCCAGACUUCAAUGAGGUACCAGACCUGGGAGUUCAGAAGAAUGAGUUCAUCUUUUGUCAUGACCACCAGAAUAAGGAGUGUAUGCGCGCCAACUGCCGCUUUGUCCAUGGAUCUAAAGAGGACGAGGACUAUUACAAGAAAUCAGGAGAGCUGCCUCUCAGGCUAAGAGGAAAAGUCGCAGCACGACUGGGCCUGUCCCCCAUGGAUCUCCCCCAUAGCCGUGGGGAGGUCCCUAUCUGCAGGGACUUCCUGACUGGAGAGUGCCAGAGGGGCAACAAAUGUAAAUUUCGCCAUGUCAAAAAAGACUAUGAAUAUGAGACUUCCAGGGUUGGAGUGGGGGGUGUUAUGGGGCCAGGUGUCAGUGGAAUGGUGACUGCAGGGGGAGGGAUAGGUGUUGGAGGAGGAGUCACCUGCGGAGGAAUGCAAGGACUUGUGGGAGGCGGAGGUGUGAGUAACAUGAUGGGGAUAGGAUGUCCCAGCUUGGGGGGUUGCAGAGACCCAGGUAUCUCAGGAGUUGGGGGAGUAGGUGUAGGUGGGAUGAGUGGUUGUCUGUCGAUAACUUCCGCAGGACAGCGGCGGUAUGACAGGGGUACAUGCUCGUUGUAUGAUCCUCUGCUUGAGAAUGGGCUGUUUGACGCUGGCUCCCUGGAGGCUUCAAUGGACCACACUGCUCUUCAGCUGAAGAGGCGGCGGUUGGAGGGGCUGCGCCUGGCAGACGGGACCAUAGGUGGACACUAUGAGCUGGGGAUCCAAGCCGCCUUGCCGCCACGUCCUCUUGAGUACAGGUUCCUGGAGGAAGAAAACUUGUUGCUGAGGAAGAGAGUGGAAGACUUAAAGAAGCAGGUUUCAAAUCUCAUCGCCACAAAUGAGGUUCUUCUGGAUCAGAACGCCCAGUUCCGGAACCAGGCCAAGGUGAUGACGCUCUCCUCCACUCCUGUACCCACUGAGCAGUCUUUGGUUCCCCCUGUGGGUUCAGUGAGUUCCUACAAUCACAGCAUUGCUCAGACUCACACCACCCUGAGCAGCGCUGGGAUGCAGCCUCGGCCUGUCACACAGCAGGACCUGGUGGCUUCCACCGGGGUCCCUGCAGUGUCCCAAACCAAUUCAGCCCAACCUACAGCUCCUCUACCCCACCUCAACGCCGACAUCACCCCCCUCGCGGCUGCCCUUGCACAGACCAUUGCCCAAGGAAUGGCACCGCCUGUUUCCAUGGCUCCGGUGGCUGUAUCUGUGGCACCAGUGGCCGUGUCUAUGUCUAUGACGCAGCCUCUGCCCUGCAUUACCAUGAGUCAUGCCACCAGCCCGAUGGUGUCGUAUCCCAUCGUAAGUCAAAGCAUGAGGAUCACCACUCUCCCUCACUAACUGGUUUAUGGACAAGACUGCAAUACACACAAGUCAGACUGUAGCAUGAGGAUUUUUAUCACAGAAGUUCAAGACUAAUGACAGAACAGUGAAAAGAAAAGGUUCCGCUUUUCUCCACCAGAGGACAGGAUAAAGACUUCCCUGUUCAGCCUCCCUCACUCUGUCCUAUGGCACUGCAGGGACAUGUUUCAUACAGACUGACUGACCUGUGAACUCUGGCAUGAGUCGGUGUAAAGGAAUUUUUUUUUUUUCAAACAUAGGCACUUAACAUGUGAGGUUAUCCAUAGUGUUUGAAGCAUUUCUGCAAGACUGCUCUGCCAUCCAUGGAGACUUUCCAAUUAGUUUGUGUCCAUAUUUUUGUGGUUUGCUCUUGUACAAAUUAAGUUUGGUACUUUGCAAAUAAAAAAAAAAGACAAAAAUGAA